AUGCUGUGCUCUCGGCGGUCCCGUCUCAAAGGAAGGCGGCGAGGAGUAACGCACGUUGGAGAGACCACUGUUCACACGCACAAACACACAGACCACACCGAAUUGCUUUGUAGUGCCACCGCCUCGGCGGGAACCGCUUACCUCAAACGCCGGAACCGCUUACCUCCCUCCUUUUCUAGUCUGCUGGGCCUUCGUUAUCCGUAUGCAUGCGAUCAAGAGGGGGACAUGCUGUUCAUCAAAGGCAUCACCAACGACCCGUGCAUCAAGUGUGUUUGUAAAGAAGGAACGGCCAACUGCAUCACGAACCGAUGCAUGCCCCUCAACGACUGUCCCGUGAUCAUCAGCAACGAUACAACGUCCUGUUGUAAAAAGUGUAAAGGUACUGCGCUACAGUGUAGUAGCUUGUCUAGCGACGUGUAUCACAACAACCUUAUCUCCACAGAUUGCUCCUACCUGGAUCAGGUGUACCAGAACGGUGAGCAGUGGAUGAGCACCCAAGAUUCCUGUCGAAGACUCACCUGCAAGGUAGGCAGACAGUGUGAUAUACGAGACGAGGAGAGUUGUGUUCGAUCGCAAUCAAUGAGGGUGCCUCGGCGUGACUCGCGCCCUCACGCUUCAUUAGACGCCGCCCGUUCGGCUCGAAUUACAACGCCCACGGCGUCGCCUGACUGGUCGUCGGUCAUUUAG